AUGGAAUCAUCACUAGAUCAUAAGCGCAAAGCUGACGAAAUUGGGGGAUGGUAUUUUAUGGAAUAUGAGGAUAUGAAAGAGAAGACGGAGAAAGUUCUUGGUCAUAUUGUAUGGUUAUUAGAGGAGGCGCAGAAGCCGGUAGAAAGGUCCCAGGGGGGGGACCAGGAAUCGAGGGAAAUAAAAAAGCAAAGGUCAUCGAGUAAUCUUGCGGAAAGGAAUAUAGGUCUUACGAUAGAAUAA